ACCUCGUAUCAGUAGCGUCACAGGGAUGGGCAGGUCACGUGGUGCUCCUGAGGAAACCUGGGUUUAACGUUACUGAAAUGGGAGAAAGAAAAGAAAAGGGAGUAUUGGAGACAAGAUUGUCCAUCUGUUCAUGAAUGGUUUGCAUAGUGACCUGCAAGCCAAUGUAAGUCGUGUUGAGUGACUGCGUGUGAAAGAGGUAUUUAAACACUGUUUUUACAUAUAAUUACCGCUGAAGAUCACUACUAAAAGACUGGCAUAGUAAAAAACGUCUUGACAGCCAAGAGUGUAUUUUUGUACUGUCUGCAACUUUUGUUGGGUGCUGUUCAUGCAGGCUGUGGUUGAGGGUUUUCUCUGGAGUGCUAAGACAUUGGUGAAGGGUUGUUUCAUGUUCAUGAUGAAGCAUUUUUCUAAUCACUGGCUUCCUUAAGGGCCCACCAAUUUCCCCAUGUCCUAUGGCGGAGGUAAUACCGGACGCACUGAGCGAGCCCGCCAGGCGCCCUACUAUGAUCAGGUCCCCCAAGACUCAUUACCUGGAGAUGCUCAGCCAAUGAGAGAACACACCUCCAGGAGUCUGGCUCGAAGUGCAGAUCCUCUUCCACCACCGCCUCUACCAGACCAGCCCCCUGUGGGCCCAGAGUUUGACCCCAGUGGUAGUGAGGCCACCGCUGACUCAGACAUCGACCCUGCAAUAGACAUAAAACCAGUGCAUCGCUUUAUUCCCGACUCUUGGAAAAACUUCUUCAGAUCAAGUAAUCGCAGCAGUGAGAAACCUUGGUCCAUGCUGGGCUCCUCAUGCAACAACAACAACAGCACCACAGAGGGGGUGCCCUGCUCUCCCCCACCCUCUCCCAUCCCAGGGUCCUAUCGUGAUCCUUAUGGAGGCUCAGGUGAUAGCUACAACUCUCACAAGGAGCUCCUGGGAGCACAGGACACUCAUGAGUCUGUUUCAGGACGCACUUACCACACAGCGUUAACCUACAGUGAGCGAGUGGAGCAGUACCAUCAGCGCUACGCCUACAUGAAGUCCUGGGCUGGGCUGCUGAGGAUCCUGGGCUGUGUGGAGCUUCUUCUUGGGGCGGCAGUGUUUGCUUGUGUGUGUGCCUACAUUCAUAAAGACAACGAGUGGUUUAAUAUGUUUGGAUACUCAUCCCCAGGGGCGCCAUAUGGGGCAUAUGGGGCAUAUGGGGCAGGUACAGGUGGGGCUUACUACUCUGGCCCUAAGACGCCAUUUGUGUUAGUGGUGGCAGGUCUGGCCUGGCUAGUCACUGUAAUUAUGCUAGUGCUCGGGAUGACUAUGUACUACCGUACCAUCCUCCUGGACUCCAACUGGUGGCCUCUGACAGAGUUCACUAUAAACUUGGCUCUGGCUGUGCUCUACUUGGCUGCAGGCAUUGUUUAUGUCAGAGACACAACACGAGGUGGGCUCUGCUCCUAUCCACUCUUCAACAAUAGCAUUAAUGGUGCUUUUUGCCGGACAGAGGCUGGACAGACUGCAGCCAUCAUUUUCCUUUUUGUCACUAUGGUGGUGUAUCUGAUUGGAGCCUUAGUGUGUCUUAAGCUUUGGAGACAUGAAGCAGCUCGCAGAUAUAGGGAGCGCUAUGGGCAGGAGAUGCUGACUGCACCUGUGCAGAGAUCCCAGGAAUUGCAUCUUGUUCCUGAAACAACUACUGUACGCAAGCUUCCCGAGCAAGUCCAGGGUUCCUCGGUUGUUCCUAUACAAACCAGUCCUAAAGCAACCCCUAAAAAGGUUUUGCAGGGAGCCAUACCAUCUGGAUACAUCCCAAAGCCUGUUAUUGUGCCUGAUUACAUUGCUAAGUAUCCAGCAAUCCGAACAGAUGAAGAGCGGGACCAGUACCGGGCUGUCUUCAAUGACCAGUAUGCUGAAUACAAAGAACUGCACUUAGAUGUUCAAGCCACACUUAAGAAGUUUGAUGAGAUGGAUGCAAUGAUGCGCACUCUGCCACAGCAUCCCACCAGCCAGAUGGAAGUGGAUCGAAUAAACAGGAUUCUUCAAGAAUAUCAGAGAAAGAAAAAUGACCCAACCUUCACUGAAAAGAAGGAGCGCUGUGAGUACCUUAAGAACAAACUGUCCCAUAUCAAACAGAAGAUCCAGGAGUACGACAAAGUCAUGGAGUGGAACGAUGGCUACACGACACAGUUUCAGUUCAGACAUUACAGAGAGACUGAACCCUUGGCGCUCUCUAAGCAACAGAUCCUCAUUCAUCUUGCCACAAUGUCCUCUAGGCAAAAUGGGAGUCCGCCACCCUACGAGUCUGAAAAUGGAUAUACUGCCCCUCCUCAGCCUGCCUACUCAUACUACCCAGAUGAUGAGUUUCAGCAUUUUUACCGCUGGACAUCUCCUCCAGGGAUCAUCAAAAUUAUGGCCAUCAUUUGCAUUGUCUUAUCUGUGGCCACUUUUGCUUGUGUUGCCUCCACACUUGCUUGGGACAGCCAGGGAGCCUUAAGUGGUUUCGGCUAUGGGGGUUAUGGGGGAAGUUAUGGAGGUACAUAUGGAGGUGCAUAUGGAGGCGGAUAUGGCAGCUUUGGUGGUGGGGGAGCAUAUGGUCCUGGGACCAACUAUGGCUAUGGGAGUAUUGGAGGAAACUACAAUGAUCCAAGGAGUGGCAAAGGGUUCAUCAUCGCCAUGGCAGCAAUAGUUUUCAUCUACUGCUUGGUUAUCUUCAUCAUCAUUGUGUCCCAUCAGAGUCUGUCCGAGAGCAGGCGCUUCUACCUGGCUAUAGUUAUCAUCAGUGCCUUCCUUGCCUUGUUAAUGCUAGUAGCUAGUAUAGUUUAUCUAGUAGCAGUGAACCCCAUGUCCCAGUCCUAUAAUUCGGCAUAUGGAAGCCAAAUUGCAGGAUUAUGCGCUCAGUAUCAACAGCCGCAACCUUCUGGAGUAUUUGUGAACCAGUACCUCUACCACUACUGUGUUGUGGAACCACAGGAGGCUAUUGCUAUUGUUUUUGGCUUUCUUAUUGGAGUAGCUUUGAUCAUCAUCCUUGUCUUUGCCUUGAAAACUCGACAAAAACUCCAACACUUUGGAAAGAGCAACAUUUUGUGGAAGCGAGUGAAGGUUGUCGAUGAGCUGGAGCCUCCUCAGGAUGUGGAAGCAUGGGUCAACAACGUGUCCGCGGAUCCUACAGAACUUCCUAUUUCUGACUAUCCAGAGAAGCUGCGGAACUCUAGGAGUCAUCUAGAUGAUGAAAGCUCCAACUAUGACAAGCCCCCAUACAACUACACCCCACAGCCUGCAGUGGAGGAAGCCAUUCCUCUUAAUGCCAGUGUUCCCUACAGCAGUAACUCUGAGGCAGAGAGCUCUGCUGGGCGUCCUAAAAAGAGAAGAGCAGGUCGUCCACGACGCACUGAUGGAUACGACACAGAUUAUGGCUCUUCUGGGGAUGAACUCGAUGACAAUGACUUUAGCACCGAAUUUCCUCCAAUUCGAGAUGAUCAAGAGCGAACUGACUAUAAGCGAGAGUUUGACCGGGAUCAUCUGGAGUACAAGGACUUGCAGGCCGAACUGGAUACCAUCAACAAGAACCUGUCUGAGGUGGACCGAGAGUUAGAUGACCUGGAGGAGGGCAGUCCACAGUACCUGGAUGCUUUGGAUGAGUACAACAGGAUAAAAGAUUUGAAAAAGACAGCUGAUUAUCAGAUGAAGAAGCGCAGGUGCAAGUACCUGAAGGCCAAACUGAACCACAUCAAGAAGAUGGUGAGCGACUAUGACCGCAGUGGCUGAGGUAUAAGCUACACACCCUUCCCAGGUGAGCAGAUGCAGACUGGGCAUACAAUGUCCCAUAUGGCACAGUGGUAAAGGUUUCUGACACCAAAGGACAGAUCAGUAUGGAGCCUUGGGUUGCUCUGUUUGCAAGUACUCUGCAUGAACUGGACAUUGUGAAUUUGUGAAACACUGUUUAAAAAGUACAAUCACUGUUAUGUAUUUUACCAAUGUAAAUAUUAGAAUCAGUCUUAUCUUUGUGUGUAUUCUUGUAUUUAUUUUAUCUCAGUUUUGAUACUGAAACAUGUGAAAUGUAGAAUAAUGAAGCACAUGUCUCUCUUUAUUUUUGUACAUGAUUUUUGAGAAGAGAAAUUUAGCCCUUUUAUGAAUUACAUUGAUUCAGUUAAUAUUUUGAGAAACAUGGACAGUGAAUUUUACUUCCUGCUUUUUUCAAUUACAUGUUUGUUUUUAAGUAUAUAUAAACAGAUCAAAUCUCCAUUUGCAUUUUAUACAUUGUAAGACAUUGUAAUUUUUUUAAAAAUAAAUUAAUAUACAGUAAUUAUA